AUGGAUUUUUCGUUAAUUGGAACCGCUGAGUACCCUCUUCCUCGGUUUGAUCAGCAUUAUCUCAUGGAAUUAACACAUCAAAUGAUGUUAUGUUGUGCAAAAGAUGCAACUGUUCUUCGCCUUUCCGGUGAAUUUAUCAUAGUUGGCGAUCUUCACGGAAAUAUUCGCGAUUUGUUAAGAAUCUUUGCGUACACAAACACUCCAUUAAAUCAAAAUUAUUUGUUCCUUGGUGAUUAUGUCGAUCGUGGUGAUUUUUCAAUAGAAGUUUUAACUCUUCUCUAUGCACUUAAAGUCAAAUAUCCUUCUAAAAUCUUUUUACUCCGCGGUAACCAUGAAUAUGAGGAUACAAACACAUACUACGGCUUCAAAGAAUCCACACUUGCACAAUACUCCCAAGAACUUUAUGAUGAAUUCAACAAAUCUUUUACUUAUAUGAGUUUAGCAGCUAUCGUUAACAACGAUACAUUCUGCAUUCACGGUGGUUUGUCCCCAUUGUUGAAAGAUAUUGACAUGCUUGAACAAAUCAAAAAACCACUCAGUGCCUACACAAAUAAUGAUUAUAUUACAUUAAUGACAGACUUAAUGUGGAGCGACCCAACAUGCGACCACCUUCGCUACUAUCCAUCCCCACGUGGGUUAGGCCAUUUGUUCGGUAUGGAUCAGGUCGAACUGUUUUUACGCCGAAACAACUUGGCUCGCAUUAUUAGAGCUCACCAAUGCAUCGCAAAUGGUGUAGAAAACUUUUACAACAAAGUUCUAUUUACGGUGUUCAGUUCAUCAAAUUACUCGGCUGAUCUACAUAAUAAGAGCGGAAUUAUCAUAAUUACACAGAAUGGAUUGAACUUAUACAAUUUCCCACCUCUAAUGUCUCUAAGAAGAGAAGAGGCGUUCUAUAAAAUGCAAAUCAUCAAUAUUAGAGAAUCAUUUGAUAUGCGAUCAUCGGUGUCAUCUAUUGAUCGCGCUGUUAAACUUUCCCGUAGAAGAUCUUGUGAUGAUGCAUCGAAUAUUAUCAAUGCCUUACAAAGUUCAGCUCGUAGACCUUGCUCUAUAUUAUCUUCAUCUAGCAAUCUGCUUGUAUAA